AUGUACCCGGCUAUACAUGUUGAUGAUGGAAUCAUAAAAGGAAAAGACUUGGAGAAAAUUGAAAAUAUACUAAAGAAACUUAAGAAGAAAUUUGAAAUGGUUGUGUAUGCAAAGAAAGUACUAGAAAAAUUCAAUAUAACUGACUGUAAGGCCAUGAAGCCUCCAUUAGUUCCAGAGGGAAAGACAAAUGGAGAAAAUCAAGAAAACGAACACAUUGAAUUUUCAUAUCGUGAAGCUAUAGGAAGCCUUCUUUAUUUGUUAUGUCAAACCAGACCAGAUCUUGGAUUUACAGUCAAUUAUGAGAGCUGCUUCACAGAAAACCCCAAGAAAAAGGAUUACAAAAAUGUAGAAAGAACUCUUAGAUAUCUACAAGGUUCCAAGAAUUAUGCUCUUUUCUAUAAGAAAAAAGAAAGUGAAGAAGAUGACAGUAUUCAUCUAAAAGUUUAUUGUGAUGCUGAUUAUGCACAAAAUUUAAGAGACAGAAAAAGUACAAGUGCAUACAUAGUUCUGUAUAAUGGUGCUCCCAUUAGUUGGUGUUCCAAGAAGCAAAGUGUGACAGCUACUUCAUCAACUGAAGCAGAAUACAUUUCAGCAGCACAAAGCACCAAAUAA